UCUUUAUUUUCUUUGUGUUCGCUUUCUAUCCCUCUUUUUUUUUUUCAUCCCAUCCCAUCCAUCUAUUCCCCCUUUUAUCCUCCCUUUAGCUACAUCUUCGAAAAGCCAUGGCCCAGAACGACGCUUACGAUUUCCUUUUCAAGAUUGUCCUCAUCGGCGACUCUGGUGUCGGCAAGUCCAACUUGCUCAGCCGAUUCACCCGUGGCGACUUCAAUCUCGAAUCAAAGUCAACCAUCGGUGUUGACUUUGGUGCCAGAACCGUCCAAGUCGAGGACGGCAAGAUGAUCAAGGCCCAGAUUUGGGAUACAGCUGGUCAGGAGCGUUACAGAGCCAUUACGUCGGCCUAUUACCGUGGAGCUGUGGGCGCGUUGUUGCUGUACGAUAUCACGCAGCACGGCACAUACGAGUCUGUGUCAAGAUGGCUCUCGGAAGUUCGCGAGCAUGCGGAUUCGAACAUCAUUGUGAUGCUGGUCGGUAACAAGUCGGAUUUGAGACAUCUGCGCUCGAUCCACACGGAGGAGGCCAAGACCUUUGCGGAGGAGAACGGAUUGAUGUUCAUCGAGACCUCGGCCCUGGACGCGACGAACGUUGACAUGGCCUUCACUCGGUUGUUGACUGAGAUCUACAAGGUUGUGACGAAUCAUAUGCCAAAGGAGGGUGGCAAGGAUGAACUCAAGGCUGGAGGCGCUUCGAUCAGCAUAACGCCAACUCCCCAGGACAAGCCUGCCGGUAACGGAUGCUGCUAAGCAAUCAAAAGUGCCGUCCUGCAUGCGAACGGAGCGUAAGGAAGAAGUCGUCUUGACGACACGGAAGCAAGCAAGGUCAGGCAUACACAAGCAGAGGAAAGAAAGGCCAGCGGACAGCGGACAUGAAAAGUGCUGGAGCGAAGCCCUUCCCCUCCUCCAAAAAAAAAAAAAGAAAGGAAAAAAAGAAAAAAAAAAGAAAAGAAGGACGGGAAGGGGGGAAGGACAUCAGCCGCGCGGCUGUUGCUGUUCUUGUUGUCAUAUUCGUGUAUAUUCACUUCACUACUAGUUUUCUAUGGAAUAAAUCAAGUCCAGAC